AUGCCGUUACUGCGAGCUGGCGGCCCCUCUGCCGUCGGGGCGACCUGCACGCGCACAAUUCGAUCUGCGUACGCCCUCAAUGCCCGAUACCUGAGCUCCUCCGCCACCCGUCAAGCAACCGGAGACAUCAAGACCACCACCCAAGAUGCCCCCGCGACACCGUCCACCGGGAGCGCUAUAACCCGCAAGGAGAGUGCUGGCGAAUCGAUUCCGCGCCACCAGCCUGACUACAAUGCCACAGUCGACCACGGAACAUCCCUGUUCUCCCCUGUUCCAAAGCGUGUUAUGGAUGGCAGUGAACCAAGCGAGGUCGUUGCUGCUGCCGUUCUGUCUGGUGCUCCAACAGAUCUCCAGGCUCGAACAGUCAGAAUAUACCGAGGAUCUAAGCCCGCUACUCAAUCUGGCACCUGGCGCAGCCACCACUGGAGAAUGGACUGGGACGUUCUAUCGAAGGGACACCGUUGGGAGAACCCGUUGAUGGGAUGGCAAUCUUCCGCAGACGCCAUGCAGGGAACCCACCUCAACUUCAGAUCGAAGGAGGAUGCCAUUCGAUUUGCUGAGAAGCAAGGGUACGAAUAUUUCGUUCAGGAGCCAAAUGAACGUGUCUUCCGCCCCAAGGCUUACGCGAACAACUUCUUACACGAGUCCGGGAAGCUCAAAUACAUCAAAACCAAAUAG